GCUGCUCAGCUAACGGGGCCGCGACCAGCGAGCUCGGCGUCCUGCGCGUCCCGCCCGGUGCGCGUUCGUCCCUCCGUCCUCCGAUCGCCCCGCGACAGGACGCUCCACGCGCGUGGCUUCUGUUGAACCAAGAUCAUGGCCAAGCUAGCACAGGGUGCCAAGUACCGAGGCUCUAUCCACGACUUCCCAGACUUCAAUCCCAAUCAGGAUGCCGAGGCUCUGUACACUGCCAUGAAGGGCUUUGGCAGCGACAAGGAGGCCAUACUGGAGCUGAUCACCUCCCGGAGCAACAGGCAGAGGCAGGACAUCUGUCAGAGCUAUAAGUCUCUCUAUGGCAAGGACCUCAUUGCAGACUUGAAGUACGAACUGACGGGGAAGUUUGAGCGGCUCAUCGUGGGCCUGAUGAGGCCACUUGCCUAUUGUGAUGCCAAGGAAAUCAAAGAUGCCAUCUCGGGAGCCGGCACAGAUGAGAAAUGCCUCAUUGAGAUCUUGGCUUCCCGGACUAACGAACAGAUCCACCAGCUGGUGGCAGCGUACAAAGAUGCCUAUGAGCGAGACCUGGAGUCUGACAUCAUUGGCGACACUUCCGGCCACUUCCAGAAGAUGCUCAUCGUCCUGCUCCAGGGAACCAGAGAGGAGGACGAUGUCGUGAGCGAGGACUUAGUCCAGCAGGAUGUCCAGGAUCUGUAUGAGGCGGGGGAACUGAAAUGGGGAACGGAUGAGGCCCAGUUCAUUUAUAUCUUGGGAAAUCGCAGCAAGCAGCAUCUCCGCUUGGUGUUUGAUGAGUAUCUGAGGACCACAGGGAAGCCGAUCGAAGCCAGCAUCCGAGGAGAACUGUCUGGGGACUUUGAGAAACUAAUGCUGGCUGUGGUGAAAUGUAUCCGGAGUACCUCAGAGUAUUUUGCCGAAAGACUCUUCAAGGCCAUGAAGGGCCUGGGGACCCGGGACAACACCCUGAUCCGCAUCAUGGUCACCCGCAGUGAGCUGGACAUGCUGGACAUUCGGGAGAUCUUCCGGACCAAGUAUGAGAAGUCGCUCUACAGCAUGAUCAAGAACGAUACCUCUGGGGAGUACAAGAAGGCUCUGCUAAAGCUGUGCGGAGGAGAUGAUGAUGCUGCUGGCCAGUUCUUCCCGGAAGCAGCGCAGGUGGCCUAUCAGAUGUGGGAGCUUAGUGCAGUGUCCCGAGUAGAGCUGAAGGGAACCGUGCGCCCGGCUGAUGAUUUCAACCCCGACGCAGAUGCCAAAGCCCUGCGGAAAGCCAUGAAGGGAAUUGGAACCGACGAAGCCACCAUCAUCGACAUCAUCACGCAUCGCAGCAACGCUCAGCGGCAGCAGAUCCGGCAGACCUUCAAGUCUCACUUUGGCCGGGACUUAAUGGCUGACCUCAAGUCUGAGAUCUCCGGAGACCUGGCAAGGCUGAUUCUGGGACUCAUGAUGCCUCCUGCCCAUUAUGAUGCCAAGCAGUUGAAGAAGGCCAUGGAGGGCGCUGGCACAGAUGAAAAGGCUCUCAUUGAAAUUCUAGCCACUCGGAACAACGCAGAAAUCCGGGCCAUCAACGAGGCCUACAAGGAGGACUAUCACAAGUCCCUGGAAGAUGCCUUGAGCUCUGACACAUCCGGGCACUUCAGGAGGAUCCUCAUCUCUCUGGCCACGGGGAACCGAGAGGAGGGAGGAGAAGAUCGGGACCAGGCCCGGGAAGAUGCCCAGGUGGCCGCUGAGAUCUUGGAGAUCGCCGACACUCCCAGCGGAGACAAAACUUCCUUGGAGACGCGGUUCAUGACGGUCCUGUGCACCCGCAGCUAUCCCCACCUUCGAAGAGUCUUCCAGGAAUUCAUCAAGAUGACCAACUACGACGUGGAGCAUGUCAUCAAGAAGGAGAUGUCUGGGGACGUGAGGGAUGUAUUUGUGGCUAUCGUUCAGAGUGUCAAGAACAAGCCUCUCUUCUUUGCCGACAAGCUUUACAAGUCCAUGAAGGGCGCUGGCACAGAUGAGAAGACCCUCACCAGGGUCAUGGUGUCCCGGAGUGAGAUCGACCUGCUCAAUAUCCGGCGGGAAUUCAUUGAGAAAUAUGACAAGUCACUCCACCAAGCCAUUGAGGGUGACACCUCUGGAGAUUUCCUGAAGGCCUUGCUGGCUCUCUGUGGUGGUGAGGACUAGGACCACCAAGCUGUGGUGGGUGGGGUUUCUCUGCCAAGAAACAGUUGGUAGUACCCAUGACCAAGCCGCCGUUCCAACUACAGAGACUAAGCAAGGAGCGCUGGUGGAAAAUGGGGUGCAGGUGGGGGUCCCUGUUCCUCACCCGGUGCUCAGGAAAAGCUGCCAUUCCUAUGGGCCCAGCACAGUCCCCCACCUCCAUCCCCCCCACCCCCAUCCUAGCUGGGCAGAUGAACAGGAACCAUCCUGUCUCGUCCACCUCCACUUCCCUGUAUCCCCUCUUCACCCUCCCUCAGAUUCUGUCCCUUACCACACCCCCCCCCCCUUCUCUGAUUUGGACUUUGUCGAAUCCUCCAAAUACCAAAGCCUCUGCUUGAAACCCA